CAGAAGAGACAGAGAGGCCAAGUACACACACUAUAAGAGAAGGCAGGCAAAACCAAACCAACAUCUCAGUAACUGUCAGAAUAAACCAAAGAGAUGUCAUACUAGUUUAAACACCCUUCUUCUUAGUUCUUCCUUUUUACCAUUGCUUUCUUUUCAUUUUUAUAUUGUUUCUUUUAAUCAAGUCCCAAGCAUAGUUCCAACCUCCAAGUUUACUCUCUCAGGUGUACUUCCUUUUGUCAGAUCUCUACACCAAAGGACUCAUUCUUGGUCACUUGUUACCACCCCACACACAUAACCUUUUUUUUUUUUCCUUUGUUAUUUAAUAGCCGUUUCUCCAUUUUCUUGCUUGCUGGGUUAGUAAUAGUAUCUUGUGCAUUGAAAACUGCCAAUUCCUUGUUCGGAACCCGCAUUUAAGAGGUUGACUGAGUCACACCAUAACGGCACCAGGUACUAGUGCAUAAAAUCAUAUAUUUUGUGUGGAGUUUAAAAGAGUUCAAAAAUCAAAAUCAUCAGAAAUCAUCAGCAAAACAGCAACUCCUACCCAAUCAAGUGCCGUUACUGUCUUCUCUUUUUGCCUAAAAAAGUUAAACUUCCCCAGCACUCACACACACACACUCAUCUAUUACCAUAACGCCUCUCUCUGUUUCCUCUGUUUCCGUGUUAUAAGAGAACUCUCUCAAGCUCUCAGAUUUCAACAUUGACCAAUAUUAGGGAUUUUCUUUAUAUUAUUAUUAUAAUAAUCUUGGAACAAUGUUACCCCAGAAGCAAGGUGAAGAAACCAUGAUGUCAAACCUUAACGAAACAACGAUUGAGCGUGGUGAAGAGAGAGAGGAAGAGAACGUGGGUGGUGGUUCACAUUCCAGUUUGAAAAGCAUUCUUUGGCAUGGUGGGUCUGCUUAUGAUGCAUGGUUCAGCUGUGCCUCAAAUCAGGUUGCGCAGGUUCUGCUAACACUGCCAUACUCUUUCUCUCAGCUGGGAAUGCUCUCUGGCAUCAUAUUCCAAGUCUUCUAUGGAAUAAUGGGAAGUUGGACAGCUUAUCUGAUUAGCAUUCUGUACAUCGAGUACAGGACCAGAAAAGAGAAAGAGAGUGUCAGCUUCAAAAACCAUGUCAUUCAGUGGUUUGAAGUGUUGGAAGGUUUACUGGGUCCAUACUGGAAAGCCAUUGGCUUGGCCUUCAAUUGCACUUUCCUCCUCUUUGGGUCCGUUAUCCAGCUUAUUGCUUGUGCAAGCAACAUAUACCUCAUAAAUGACCACUUGGAUAAGAGGACCUGGACUUACAUAUUCGGAGCUUGCUGUGCCACCACAGUGUUCGUACCUUCAUUUCACAACUACAGAAUUUGGUCUUUCCUUGGCCUUGGCAUGACCACUUACACAGCUUGGUACAUGACCAUUGCAGCCAUUGCUCAUGGCCAGGUUGAAAAUGUGACUCACACUGGCCCAAAAAAAUUGGUAUUGUAUUUCACGGGCGCCACCAACAUUCUCUACACUUUCGGCGGGCACGCCGUCACAGUGGAAAUCAUGCAUGCAAUGUGGAAACCUCAAAAGUUCAAAUAUAUCUAUCUUUAUGCUACUCUUUAUGUGUUCACACUCACCCUACCAUCUGCUGUUGCCGUUUAUUGGGCCUUUGGUGACAAACUCCUGGACCACUCCAAUGCUUUCUCUCUUCUUCCCCGCUCUGGUUGGCGCGAUGCAGGUGUCAUCUUAAUGCUGAUUCAUCAGUUCAUCACUUUUGGAUUUGCUUGCACACCAUUGUAUUUUGUGUGGGAGAAGGUGAUAGGAAUGCAUGACACAAAGAGCAUAUGUUUGAGGGCACUUGCUAGGUUGCCUGUGGUGAUACCAAUCUGGUUUUUGGCUAUUAUCUUCCCUUUCUUUGGUCCUAUUAACUCUGCUGUGGGGGCUCUUCUGGUUAGCUUCACCGUGUAUGUCAUCCCUGCUUGUGCUCAUAUGCUCACUUACAAGUCUGCUUCUGCACGACAGAAUGCUGCUGAGAAAUUGCCCUUCUUCAUCCCAAACUGGACGGCAAUGUAUGUGGUGAAUGCAUUUGUGGUGGUGUGGGUUCUAGUGGUUGGAUUUGGAUUUGGAGGGUGGGCUAGCAUGACAAACUUUAUCAAACAGGUUGACACAUUUGGACUCUUUGCCAAGUGCUACCAAUGCCCGCCAAAAGUCCCUGCUUCCAACAACACAAUGCUGCAUCAUUGAAAAUUAUAUAUGUUCUUCUGCUUUAAACAUAUAGGGACACAUCAGCAUCUCCACCCUUGUGUAUUUCCCCUAUCUUUUUGUUUAAUCUCUCUAGCUAUAAAUAUUGUUAAUGCUGAUGUUCCCUUGUGUAGAAAGGCAACAUUGUUAUAUUUCGCUUUCGAAUCAUUUUGGUUAAUCAUAAACAUGCACUAUAGUUAUAGCAUAUGUAGGGAGUGAUGUUUGGCAAUUGGCAUAUAGCGACCUCAAGUAUAGCCUGCAUGUUUCCAAUAAUGUCUUUGCAUUCCAAUAUAAUCAUUUUUUUCUUC